AGUACGGGUUUCGGUUCAAGGACAAGGACUUGGAUUACACGGGCCCGGAGGUGGGGGGGGGGGAGGGGCUGGACUCGGCUGCGUGUGUAGAGCGCUGUCAGAAGAACGACAGGUGUGUGCUGGCUCAGUCGGACCCCAGGCGGCUCAAGUGCUGGCUCAAGGGAGCGAAUUACAGCGAGUAUGGCAGCCAGCUGAAAGGGAGGAUCAACUUUGAUCGGCCGGUCAAAGGGGUGGAGGGGAGAAGGGGAGCGGGUUUGGUUCUGCUGCUGGUUGUAGCUGCGGCGGUGUUGUUGUGA